GGAAACCCUAUCUUUUCUCUCUCUACAAUCUUCCCUCUACGAAAGUUUGAAUUCAAAUUCCAGUUGGUCCAUGGCUUCAUUUCCACCGCUCUUUCAACGGUCCCUUUUCCUUUUAACGUCUCUCUCCCCCUUCAAAUUCCCCUCUCGCAUCGCUUUCUUCCAAGCUUCACAUUUCGAGAAAACCACUUUUUCCCAGGAAAAUUCCAUCCCUUCAUUCUUCCCCUCUCAAAUCACUUCUCUUACCCCAAGCUUCACCACAUUGAUUCUACUUCAGGUUUGGCUAACCCAUCAGAACUUAGAGGAGAACAGAGAGAAAACUGUUUCUUUCCCGGGUGAAAUAUCUUCAAGAUGUCUGUCACUCAAAAUGAUCCACUCCUGCAAGUGGAAACCACGUGUGGUUCACUUCUUUAUGAACUUCAGAUAAUAUGGGAUGAAGUUGGUGAGGGUGAAGCUGAAAGAGAUAGAAUGUUGCUUGAGCUUGAACAAGAGUGUUUAGAGGUUUACAGAAGAAAGGUUGAUCAAGCAAACCAUUCUAGAGCUCAUCUGAGGCAGGCGAUUGCAGAUUCUGAAGCACAACUUGCUGCCAUCUGUUCUGCAAUGGGAGAGCGGCCAGUACAAAUAAGACAGUCUGAUCAAAAGGCUGUUAGUUUGAAAGAUGAACUGAAGCAAAUUCAUCCACUACUGGAUGAAAUGAGGAAGAUGAAAUCCGAGAGAAGCAAUCAAUUUCUUGAAGUUCUACAGGAGAUACAAAAGGUUUCAGAUGAGUUAAAUGGUUGUGAACAUUCAGCAUCAAAGAUAGCGUUGGAUGAAACUGAUUUAUCAUUGAAGAAGCUUGAUGAAUUGACCAGACAGCUGCAUGCACUUCAGCAGGAGAAGAGCGAUCGGAUGAAGCUGGUUCAUAACCACAUGCGUACUCUGGAUUCACUCUGUUUAGUCCUGGGCAUGGAUUCCAAGCAGAUAGCCAUUGAAGUUCAUCCAUCUUUGGGUGAUUUUGAAGGACCAACAAAUAUAACUAUCCAUACCAUCAAGCAGUUGGCUGCUAUGAUUGAAAAACUGCGAGAUAUCAAAUUACAAAGAAUGCAGAAGCUUCAAGAUCUUGCAAGUACAAUGUUCGACCUGUGGGAACUAAUGGAUACUCCAGAUGAAGAACAACAGAUGUUUCAAAAUAUAACUUGCAACGUCGCUGCUUCAGAACACGAAAUAAUUGAACCUAAUGCUCUAGCUACUGAUGUUAUCAUAUAUGUUGAAGCAGAAGUCUCCAGAUUGGAAGAGUUAAAGUCAAGCAGAAUGAAGGAACUUGUUUUGAAGAAAAGAUUAGAGCUAGAGGAAAUGUGUAGGCAACUGCAUGUGGUACCAGCAGAAGAUUCUGCUAUUGAAUAUGUUAUUGAUGCCAUAGAUUGUGGAUCUCUGGACCCUGCUUGUGUGCUUGAACAAAUUGACAGUCAAAUCCAUAAGCUCAAAGAAGAAGCUUUUGACAGGAAAGAAAUUCUUGAGAAAGUGGAGAGAUGGCUGGGUGCAUGUGAAGAGGAGUGCUGGCUUGAGGAAUAUAACAGGGAUGAAAACCGUUAUAAUGCGGGAAGAGGAGCUCAUCUUACUCUCAAACGUGCUGAAAAGGCUCGGGCAUUGGUUAAUAAACUUCCAGGAAUGGUUAGUGCUUUGACUUCAAAAACUAUGUCAUGGGAAAAAGAAAGAGGCAUUGAAUUCACCUAUGAUGGUGUUCGUCUUCUCUCAAUGCUUGAGGAAUACACAAUUUUAAGACAAGAGAAAGAGCAAGAACAACGCAGGCAGCGGGACCAGAAGAAACUCCAAGGGCAACUAAUUGCCGAACAGGAGGCACUUUAUGGGUCAAAACCUAGCCCAUCAAAGCCUCAGAGUGUGAAAAAAGGUCCUAGAAUGUCUACUGGUGGUGCCGGUGCUGUUGCCGGUACUGGCAGUAGAAGAUUUUCCCUUGGAGGAGCAUUGCUUCAAACUCCGAAGCCUGAUCAUAAAGGCCUCCGACCAGGCAGGAAAAGUGACAGAGGACAUCAAAACAACCAGGCUUUUCACCUUGAUGAGGGAUUUGUUGAAGCUUUGUCAGCUGGUAAGAGAGGCUUGGAUGGUCUCCUCCCUGUAAAGAAGCAUUCAUUAGGUGCCAAUGCUGGUGAAGGAGAAUCACCAAUGGUGGUUAGAAAGCCAUUUGCUCCUAUUCCUACCCCUACCGCACUUUUCUCGAACUCCGCAAAUUCAUCAAAUUCGUUGAAUGAUCUGAAUGAGAAGCUGCAGAAACUGAAUAUGUCGUCUUCCAAGACUCCGAUAAAGACAACUUCAAUAUCAGAGGAAGUGAUAACACCAAAGAUUAUACCUAUCCCACUGCCAUCCACACCUUCUACCGUGUCGGUUCCAAUGCAGACAGCCAUGACGCCAGCUCUUCCACAUCCUGUGGAUCUCACUGCUCGUAUUAGUGAAGAUAUUUCCGAAGUCGUCGAAUACUCAUUUGAGGAAAGAAGAGCUGGAUUUGUACUUCCCAAAGCGCUCCACAUCAAGGCAAUGAUACAAGUUUGAACAAACCAGUUAACCUGAUUUUUCUCUUACAAAGAAUAAAAAAUUUAUUGUUUCCUCUUUCCAAAGUCAAUUUUAAUUGGCUUUUUACCUGAUGUGUGUACAUAUAAACCCAAAUUUGAUUUAAGGGUUAAGAUUUUCAAUGUACUUGUUGAUUUCGAAAGUUUAGUCUUGAGUUUCAGUUGAAAUCCAUUCAUUUGUGAUAUCUUUGUCCCAAGUGUGAAAAAGACAGCGGUAUGAUUUUAAA